GGAUUUAUAUCUCCACCAAUCAUCAUUUUCACUCUUUUCACAAAUUUCAUAAUUUGUCUCAUCCUCCUUAAAAAAAAAAUGAAAAGUCCUACAAAUAUUAUUUUGGUUUUCAUAGCAAUAUCAGAUAUGCUUACAGGUCUCGUUCCCUUACCAAAUUAUAUCUACUUCUAUUCUUUUUCUGAGUACAGAAACUGGGUGCCGUAUUCUUUGUGUUACUUUCACACGUUGACAUGGGACCACGUGCCAACUGUUUUUCACACAGCCUCUAUUUGGCUAACAGUCGCACUGGCAGUCCAAAGGUAUUUCUACAUUUGUCGACCGACGUUUGCAAAAAAUUGGUGCACAGUUAGAAAUGCAGUGAGAGCCUCCAUAUUCAUUUACCUCCUAGCAUUCACAUCGCAGUUAUGCCGUAUUUUAGAAAAUGAAUUUGUACCGAUUGUUGUGGCUAGUUUGAAUGACAAUUUGACUAACGUAACUGCUUGUUUAAAGGAUUUCAAACAUCCAUUUAAAUUGAAUUUAAAUAUAUAUUUCAAUAUUUAUUGGUCUUUAAGAAUUCUGAUGGUUCAUUUUGUUCCGUGCACCACACUUGUCGUUUUCAGCUCUCUGUUGAUACGAGCUUUAAAACAGGCUUUGAGGCGUAGGAAACAGCUGCUGAAACAAAACCGAAGAACCGAGUGUCGAAGACUGGCUGAAAAUAAUUUAACGACAUUGAUGCUUGUUGCGGUGGUCGGCGUUUUUCUAACCGUUGAACUACCGCUGGCUAUCUUACUUAUAUUCAUGAUGCUCGAUAAUUCAAUGGACUUGCAUAUUCUCUCACCUGUUGUACGAAAUGCUUCACAAACGAUAAUAAAUUUUUGCAUCCUGCUUAGCUACCCAAUAAAUUUUUUCAUCUACUGUGCAAUGAGCAGAAUGUUUAGAGAUAUGUUUAAAAGUUUAUUU